AUGUUCAAACACCAAAACGGAGGCGAGCGCUAUCCGCUCCGAGUCUAUCCCAAAUCGGUGCCCCCUUCGCCCACCGGGUUACUUCAGCCAGUUUCGGCUCUCUUGAUCCAGCUGUCUGAAUCACCAACACCCUCCCUUGCGUCUUCACGAUCUUCUUUGUCUUCUAGUCCACAAGAAAUUCAAGCGGCGGAUGGUGAAGAGCAGGGAACGGGGUGGUUUAGGAAGGCGGGCCGCGGCGGUGGCAAGGGUAGUGGGAGGAAGAGGGGGUGGUUUAGGUCGGAUUUGAUGGAUAUGGUUGUGUAUCGUCCUGGGGGAGAUAGAGAGGAUGAAGAGAGCGAGGUUAGAGGAAUUGAAGAAGCUGGGGAGGAUGGAGGGGAUGAUGAGGAAGAGGUAUAUGGGAGGGGAGACGGAGAAAGCGAGGAGGGGAAUGAUGGAGGUUACGAUGAAGGUGACACAAUGGGGGAUGAUGUAAGGGAGGAAGAGGGGGACGAAGAAGGUAAAGGGCCGGUUGUGGAUGACGAGGCUAGGAAAGAUGACGAGCUUGGUGAAGACACCAGGUCUAGACGAGAUGACAAGCAUAGACCAGAUGGCACGCUCACAUCAAACGACAAGGCCGGACUAGACGAUAAGCCCGCGGAAGAUCAUGAGCUUGGAAUUAUUGAAGAGCCUAAAAAAGACAACAGGUCUGAAACGACCGACCAACUCCGAAUUGCUGGCGAACUUAAGGAGGCCAACGAAUUUGGGGCAGAUGACACACCUGAACAGCAAGAGGAGCCUGGCAUAGUCGACAUGCUUGAGGAUGACGAUAAGCUGGAAGUAGACGACACACCUGGAGGAGAUGCAGAUCUUGGAGGAGACAAUCAGACUGAAACAGACCAGGAUCCUGGACGAGACGAUCAGAUUGGAGAAUAUAACGGGCCAGAGCAAGAUAGCAAGCUUGCCAGAGAUGACAGGCCAGAGGAAGACCACAAUACGUCUGGCGUAGAUGAUGCUCCUGUGAUAGAAAAUGAGCCCGAAGUCAACAACAUGUCCAACGAUAUGCAAGAAGAAGUAAAAGAGCCCGAGUCAGACACGGACCGACAGGUGGUAAUGAGGCCACGGUAUGAUCUUGGUCUUCCUGGCGGAGGGAAUGGUAAUUACACGCCAGUCAAGGUGGAGGACCGUACGAAUCAAUUUGUGGUGCUUCUCGAAAACACACUAGAGGAUGUAACGGAGAAGAGCGAAGUUGUAGGACUGGUUUCAGAGAAAGAGGGCAAGGCGGAGGGAGAGAACGACGAUGGGAGAGCAAAGGACGGACAAAGUGAUAUAGAGAACGAGAAAAAGGCAGAGGCAGGAAAUGAUAAAAACGACGCCACCGAGGAUUCCAAGGGCACUGUUGCCGGGAAUCAGGAUGGAACGGGAUAUCCGACACCACGGGACACGGAAAUGAUAUAUUCGGUCCUGCUGCAGUCACAACCCAGCACGGAUAGGUCAGAGGCACCAGAAGUUUCCCAGAACCACGACGAGGAAUCGUCUGAGAUGGAUUAA